AACCACCUGAAGUGGGAGGGUCGCUCCACAAGCGGUGCCGCAUCUGUAGUUUAUUUACGUUCGCAUGUCGACAGUUUUAUAGCAAAGGAUAUUUCUUUUAGAGGAUUUUUUCGUCAGAGAUGGCUUGGAGGUUAGCUUGUCACCAGUUCCGCAUCCAGUUUUGCCGCCACGCGCAAGUGAAACAUGUUUUGCAAGGGACUAAAAAAGUCGAAGUGUCGUCUGCGAACACCGGUCGUCUGAUCCAAGAUGGCGGCGGCUGCCCUGACAAGUUUGUGUGUGCGCGCGAGGGAGUUGGUGGAGUGUUUUCCCAAGGUCAGACCAGAGGUUUUACGUCAAGAUCUCACCCAGGUGUGCAGCAGACGCCCUCAGCUUAUGAUGAGGCCUUCAGGAGAGCCAGGGACCAACCAGAAGAGUUCUGGGGGGAGCAGGCUGAGAACAUUGUGUGGACUCGGCGCUGGGACAGAGUGUUGGACGCCACAGACCCUGUUCAUCCUAAAUGGUUCCCAGGUGGUGAGCUGAACGUGUGUUACAAUGCUGUGGACAGACACGUGGACGCAGGAUUCGGCGAUCACACCGCCAUAAUCUACGAUAGUCCUGUCACCAACACUGUACAGCACAUGUCCUACAGACAGUUUCAGGAUCAGGUGUCGAGGUUUGCAGGGGUGCUGAGUAAGCAUGGAGUACAGAAGGGCGACCGUGUGCUGAUAUACAUGCCGAUGACCCCGCAUGCCAUGGUGGCCAUGUUGGCCUCGGCCAGACUCGGAGCUAUCCAUUCCCUGGUGUUCGGGGGGUUCGGAGGGAAGGAACUCGCAACCAGAGUGGGGCAUGCCAAGCCCAAGGUGAUCGUGACGGCGUCCUGUGGAGUGGAGCCCUCCCGCAUCGUGCAGUACCAGCCCAUGGUACAGGAGGCGCUGCUGCUCAGUGGCCACCAGCCUGCAAAAGUCAUCCUCUACAACAGGCCCACGUUUUCGGUAUCGCUCCCGUCGGACCUGUGGUGCUGCUGGGACGAGGAGAUGGCGGCCGCGAGGUCUCACGACUGUGUUCCUGUGGACGCCAUGUUCCCGCUGUACCUGCUGUACACCUCAGGAACCACAGGCCUGCCCAAGGCAGUGGUACGUCCCAGUGGAGGUCAUGCUGUCAUGCUGUACUGGAGUAUGUGGAACAUCUACGGGAUCAAACCACAGGAGGUGUGGUGGGCGGCCUCAGACCUGGGCUGGGUCGUCGGACAUUCCUACAUCUGCUAUGCACCACUUUUACAUGGGAACACAACAGUCAUGUACGAGGGCAAGCCAGUCGGCACGCCGGAUGCGGGGGCGUUUUUCCGCGUGAUGAGUCAGCACCAGACAGCCGGGAUGUUCACGGCGCCCACAGCCAUCAGGGCUAUUCGCAAGGAGGACCCCAAUGCUGAGCUUGCUAAGCAGUACCCUCUCACACAUUUGAGGAACUUCUAUGUGGCGGGAGAGCAUUGUGACUCGGAAACCCUGCACUGGACACGGGAGGUCAUGGGAGUACCUGUACUGGACCACUGGUGGCAGACAGAGACAGGCUCAUCGAUCACUGCCAGCCACAUGGGUCUGGGGGACGAGGGUUACCCAACACCUGGGGUCUCCGGCAAGCCUGUACCUGGCUGGGACGUGAGAGUGUUGCAUGAGCAGGCUGGAGAAGACGACGGCCCACAAACGGAGACGACAGAGACAGAGCCCGGAGAGCUGGGACAAAUCGUCGUGAAGCUGCCUCUGCCGCCGGGUGCCUUCUCCACCCUCUGGGAGCACGACGAGUUCUUUAAGGAGCUGUACUUCUCAAGAUUCCCAGGUUUUUAUGACACAAUGGAUGCUGGGAUACGUGAUGAGAAGGGAUACAUCUACGUCAUGUCACGUGCUGAUGACGUCAUCAACGUGGCCGGGCAUCGGCUGUCAUCUGGAUCCUUGGAAGAAGCGAUCCUGGAGCACCCUGACCUUGCUGACUGCGCUGUGGUGGGACUGGAGGAUUCUCUUAAGGGCCACGUGCCGCUCGGACUGUGUGUUCUUAAGACAGGUGUGACUAAACCCGAAGACGUAGUUCUUGAGGAGGUGGUUGCCAUGGUGAGGAAGACGGUGGGCCCGGUGGCCGCCUUUAAGAAAGCGGUGGCCGUGAAGAGACUGCCCAAGACGCGGUCCGGGAAGAUCGCCAGAUCCAGCAUCGCUAAGAUGAUCAACGGGAAACCUUAUAAGAUUCCGGUGACUAUCGAGGAUGCCGCUGUUUACGAUGAGCUCGAAGAGCUGUUUGCCAAGGCCGACAUUCGCAAGAAAUAACCAACCAAUCAACUAAUCAACGUAACCACUGGUAGCGUGAUUCCCGCGACUGUUGAGGACGUCGGAGUUUUCCCGGAGAUCCAGGAAACGUUGAUACAAAAGGGACUUAUGUCAGCCUGAUAGAAAAGGAAGUUAUGUUAGCCUGACGGUAGUGAACAAGUCGGUAGACGUGGGGAGAAAUAUUAAAAAUAGUAUAACUAGACGAAAAAAGUUUAAAAUAUUUCAAGAAAUCAUACUAGGUUAAUUGCUUUCGUCGCAUUGUAACAUUCAAUUUUUAUAAAAAUCAUGCAAGAUGGUAUAUGUGGUAAUUUUCAUACUAAAACUUUAAACACUUUAGCUUAAGAUGAAAGUUUAAUCUAGAUAUGUAUGAGCUUUGAACGUAAAUGAUAUACAAACUUUGACAAAGUAGGGAUGGGAGUUUUUAAAACGAAUUGCAAUACUAAAGGUGAGCUCUGCAAGCGAACAUUUUGUUAUUGUGUCUUAUAAGCAGCUCAUCCUUUAAAAUGAAAAAUAUGCAUGCUGCUUGCUUGCUUGCUUAUACAUGUAUGUGGUAACUGGGCAAUGUUCCAUCUAUGUAUGUGGACUGCUUCUUGCCUGUGCUGUGUGGCAUCUCAGGGAACUUUUGUCUAUCCAAUCCUAGAUAUUGCGUAUCAAAUCAUAUACAAAAUUGAAGUUAUAAGUUGGGUGUAUCUUAUAACUUUGAAUCAGGGUUUUACUUCACGAUUCAUCAUGGCAAUGGAGAAACGAUGUAUAGCAGAAAAUUGUAAAUUAGUGAUUUUUGUACAAUCAUUUUUACAUAGAUUUAGUGUGUAGGCAUUGUGAGUUCACUUAGAUCUGGGGUUAAGAAAUAAAAAAUGUUUAAUGAUCGUUAAUGAUAUUAACAUGGACUAACGACAGAAAAUGUUUCUUCAAAAUGCAAAUAAGGUGAAUAAACAGAAAUGAUUCCCGAA